UGGAUAUGAUGGAAAUCAUAAUAAUGCUACUUGGCAGUGUGUCUGCAUCUCUGAGAUCCAUAGGGGUGGUGCUCAGUUCUGUACCCUGGUCAUGGACCCUGGCGGCUGGGUUAGGACUGUACCUCACCGCGGGGGGAUGGAGGUUCCUCUAUGUGGCUCUACGAACCGCCAAGAGAGACCUAAUAGGUCUAUAUGUGCUGCUGCGUGUUAAAUACUGCAUCCGGCAGCACCUCCGUAACAACAGUACUGUACCUUCCAUGUUUGCCCAUACGGUGGCGCUAUACCCAGACAAGCCUGCGCUGGUCUGGGAGUCUACCGGAGAGGUGUGGACCUUCAGGGAGCUGGCAGGGCGAUGCCACCAGGUUGCCCAUUGGGCACGGACACAGGGCUGGGGAAAGGGGGACGUGGUAGCCCUCUACCUGGAGAGUCGCCCCCUAGUGGUGGUGCUGUGGAUGGGCCUGGCGCAGGUGGGUGUGGAAGCGGCCCUCAUCAACUUCAACCUGCGCAGUGAUUCGCUGCUUCACUGUGUGGGUGUGUCCAGAGCGAAGGGGGUGGUGUUUGGGGUGGAGCUAGCAGAAGCUGUGUUGGAGGUGUCUUGUUCUCUAGACCAGUCUAUGGUACUGUUCAGUACUGGGGCUGGUCUGGGUGAGGACCACCCUGCCCUCUCUACCCUCUCAGCCCAAAACCUGGACUCUUUACUGACCUCCUUUCCCCGGGACCCCCCUCCUGUCACACACAUCAAGGGAUUCAAUGAUAGACUAUUCUAUAUCUAUACCUCUGGUACAACAGGAAUGCCUAAGGCUGCUAUUGUGGUGCAUAGUAGGUACUAUCGCAUCGCUGCCUUUGGGUUCCAUUCCUUCGGCCUGCGUCACGAUGACAUAAUCUACAACUGUUUGCCUCUCUACCACUCCGCUGGUAACAUUAUGGGUGUGGGACAGUGUCUGCUCCAUGGGUUAACUGUUGUAGUGAGGAGUAAAUUCUCUGCUAGCCGUUUCUGGGACGACUGUGUCAAGUACAACUGCACGGUGGUUCAGUAUAUAGGUGAGAUGUGCAGGUACCUGUUGGCCCAGCCAGAACGUCCCUCCCAGGUGUGUCACCGUGUGCGUGUUGCCGUGGGUAACGGGCUCCGCCCCGCCGUGUGGGAGGAGUUUACACAGCGCUUCAGGAUUCACCAGGUGGCAGAGUUCUACGGCGCCACCGAGUGUAACUGUAGCAUCGCAAAUAUGGACGGAAAGGUGGGUGCGUGUGGGUUCAACAGUCGCAUCCUGCCCAGUGUGUACCCCAUCAGACUGAUUCAGGUGAACGAGGGGACGGUGGAGCUAGUACGGGACAGACACGGGCUCUGUAUACCCUGUCAACCUGGUGAACCAGGUCUCCUGGUUGGUUGUAUAAACCAGAAUGAUCCUUUGAGGAGGUUUGAUGGUUAUGCCGACCAGAGCGCCACCAAUAAGAAGAUAGCUCACAACGUCUUCAGGAAGGGAGACAUGGCAUAUCUCUCAGGUGAUGUGUUGGUGAUGGAUGAUUUGGGGUACAUGUAUUUCCGGGACCGUAGUGGAGACACGUAUCGCUGGAGAGGAGAGAACGUCUCGACUACGGAGGUCGAGGCAACACUCAGCGGUCUGCUGGGACAGACUGACGUAGCAGUCUAUGGAGUCACUCUGCCAGGUGUGGAGGGAAAGGCUGGGAUGGCAGCCAUUGCUGAGGGUGCGGAUCAGUUUGACUUUGAUGUGUUCUUGGGGGCGGUGCAGAAAGCCCUGCCUCCCUACGCACGCCCACUCUUCCUCCGGCUCCUUCCCCAGGUCGACACCACAGGCACCUUCAAAAUCCAGAAGACCCGUCUGCAGAAGGAGGGAUACGACCCUCGGCACUCUGCUGACCGGAUCUACUUCCUCAACAGCCGUGCAGGAUGUUAUGAGGUUGUUACUGAGGAGUUGUAUAUUGCCAUUACAGAGGGAAGAAUGUCUCUAUGA